AUGCCGCCAAGAUGUUCCCCCCUACCCGCAACCUUGACGCCAUUCCUGUACCCUUCUCUAGUGACUAGUUUCUCCCUCCGAUUCUCUCGAUCCUUCUUCAACUCAGUCUCUCGACGAAAUGAAUCAAUCGCCGUGGACGCCAUUCAACCAACCGACGAACAAGCCUCACACCUAAACCCGCCUCCGACUGACUAUUCUCGCACAAUCUUCAACGACAAAGCCAUCAUAACAGUUCAUGCUGGCUCUGGUGGGCAUGGCUGCAUCUCUUUCCUCCGCGAAAAAUAUAUCGCAGCGGGUCCCCCAAAUGGAGGGGAUGGCGGCAGCGGAGGGAAUAUAUAUAUCCAAGCCGUAAGGGGUGAAACCUCUCUACACAAACUCGCACGACGCACAAAUAUCAGAGCGGGACGGGGAAAGAAUGGACAAGGGAAAUCACGCGGUGGUGAGAGGGGCGAGGAUGUUCUUAUUACGGUCCCGGUCGGGACAGUGGUGAGGGAGAUAGAGCGGACGGAUCCAGUGGCGAUAGAAGAGGAGAGGAGGAGAUUGGAGGCUGGGAAAGAGGACGGGGUUGAUGGGACGGGACCAUGGAAAUGGAGCAGGGAGAAAUGGCUUCUCUACCCAGCCCUUACCCCAGAGGAUAUUGCGACGGCGGAGUUUCCUCGUUUACCUCGAGCUCGCAAAUCUGCCCUAAGUAUGGCCCAGGUUAAAGGCCCGAUUUCUCUGGACUUGAACAGACCGAUGGAGAGACCACUCUUACUUGCUGCGGGCGCGGUAGGUGGGUUGGGAAACCCGCAUUUUGUUACGAAGACUGUGCCGAGACCGAAGUUUGCCACCAAGGGAGAGCAGGGGAUGAAGAUUACACUACAAUUGGAAUUGAAGCUUCUUGCUGAUGUGGGACUCGUUGGGCUCCCGAAUGCGGGGAAGAGCACUCUAUUACGUGCGAUGACCAAGAGUCGUGCACGGGUAGGGGAUUGGGCCUUCACGACGCUGCAACCAAAUAUCGGGACUGUUGUCCUGGACGACCAUAAAGGACGGCCUCUUAACAAAUCGACCUUUGAAGACGGCGAGCCGCGAACACUUUUCACCAUUGCGGAUAUUCCAGGGUUGGUGAAAGAUGCACAUCUGGAUAAGGGUCUUGGGAUCAGCUUUCUGAGACACGUGGAACGAGCACGGGUGCUUGCUUUUGUCAUUGAUCUCAGUGCUGGGGAUGCAGUUACAGCUUUAAAAUCUCUUUGGAACGAAGUGGGAGAAUAUGAGAGGAUGAAAAUCCAGGAAGACAAGGAGCAGGGAGAGCUACUGGUGAAAUGGAGUCCGUUCAGGUCCACAGAUGACGCUUUGGCAAACCGACAGGAAACAAUCGUUGUUUCUUCCGGGCCAAGUUUCGAUGCGCCCCUCACUCCACAGAUAACCAGUAUUGCAACCAAGCCGUGGUUUGUGAUUGCGACGAAGGCCGACUUACCUUCCACGAAGGAAAACUUUGAAAGUUUGAGGGCUUACCUGGAAGAAGUCAAUGAGAAACGGGAAAAGCAUCCGAGCGGGCAAAAGAAAGUGUGGGAGAAGAGGGUCGAGGCAAUUCCCAUCAGUGCUAUCAAUGGGCAUGGAGUUGGGAGGAUAACGGAGUGGACGAUUGGUCUGCUAGAUGACUAG